AUGGGCUACUCUGGAUAUAUCUGCAAAGCCGAUGAAGAUACCAUCAUCAAACAUCCAAGGUACCUUCCCGAUAAUGAGCCUUAUAAUGAGGUGUACCGCGAUAUGAUCAGCACCGAGAAACAGACGUAUGAGCGCCUGGGAAACCAUAAAGGGAUUAUUCCGUUCCUGGGCGUGCAUGAUCAGUCAACAGGCGCAAUUAAGCUCGCAUAA